AUGCCCCUUAGGAUGGGUAUUGGUCUUGUUGAGCGUCAUCGUGGGGACGUUUCAAGGGAACUGCCUGGCCCUGCCGCUGCUGCUGCUGCUGCUAGUGGUGUUUGUGGUGGUGUCAUUGACGAGGAGGACAAUUACGACGAGGGGCCACGACCGAGUUCUUUUGUGCCGACGCCAGAGCCUCGUGUACCUGCCACGGCUUCCACUGCUGCUUCCGCGUCCUUCUUGCAUGCCGGCAUGUCCACGUCUCCCCGUUCAACGAGGGCGGAGCGGAACACACUUGGGGGAUCGUUGUCCAUGUCACCUGUGAUGGAUGGGGCAUCGCUUCGUCGUCAGGUGCGGAGACGGUCCUCCGUCGCUCACGUGCGGCGGCUGGAUUUCAGCACGACGGUGAUGGAUGGUGUGGAGUGGAGCUGGCUUUGUCGGGAUGUGCUGCCAACGAUGUCGAGCCUGACUUUCUUGGGAUUGGCACACGUGGGACUCACAGACAAACGACUCGUGGAACUCAUUCGCGAGUGCCAUUUAGAUUCUGUGAGCCGCAGUACGGCGCUGCCAUUAUCUUCCUCAUCAUCACUUUUAUCAAGACGGUCAGGGGGUCGUGUGGCGUCAAAGUCUAUCAUGUUUGGCGAUGCGUCUUCUUCCCCAACCUCACGUGAAUUUAGUGCUGGAAGAAAGAAACCUGCAAGGGCGUUACCGACGGCUACGGGGGCGCGUGGAAGACGUGAAUUGCGUGGACUGAGCGUGUUGGAUUUAAGGGGGAAUCAUCUAACACACCGCAGUGCAGCUCCUCUCGGAAAGCUUCUUCUUUGCGUGGCAGACACCCUGGACGAGCUACACUUAUCGGGGAAUCCUUUGCAGGACUAUGGGCUUCAAAUCUUGGGGAUUUAUUUGGCCAAAUUGCGGCUCACGUCCCUGCGUAACGAGCAACACUUUUUCCCACCUUCGCUGGUGCAGCAGUAUGCGGCAAUUCUCAAAAAGAAGAAGAGAGAGUCUGAACACGAGGUGAGGAUGCGGCACGGUGUACUUCAGGGACCAACCCACACCACGACGGACGAGUGGCUGCGUGGGGAGAAUGGAGGACGAAACACGAAGGAAGAAGAAGAUGAUGCCUGCGGUGAGGCGCAAAUUCAUUUGGGAAUUUCAUUCCUGGACCUGCGAGAUUGUCAGGGCUCCGCACGGGGAAUUUCGGAGGUGCUCGCUGGUGCCAGUCGUGCCCACAGAUUGGAAACCAUUCUGUUAGCAGGCAAUGGGGCCUUAGCAGCAGCGCUUAUUUCUCCCAAAUCAACAUGUACGGAUAGAGAGAUGUCACCGCCGGCAACAGGAAACAGAGGUGAGGGGCUUUCAGAGACAAACCCGUCGCCUACAGCGAAUCGAUUCUCUAGUUUUCAAGAACUCCAAUACCCAUGCGCGUUAUCAGCUGUAAACCUCUGCAGGGUACCAUUAUCGAUCAUGUGUACACCCAUUGGCUGCCGCGAACUUUUUUUAAAUAUAUUUUUUUGUUGCCCUAAAUUGAUCCUGUUGGAUGUCUCACGGAGCCUUGACUUUUCGAAACUGCCAACUUCGCUGCUGCAGCAGGUCCUGAUGGAUGGGAGAGAACCUUCGAGUGACCCACGUACCUAUUGGCGCCUGCAGCGGGAGUUGGAGGGGGUGGCGGAGUUUACGCUAGAUGCAGUGAUGAUUGGUCGCCAAUCGUGCGUGGGAAGCAUUCUUUGUGAAUUGGUCGCACAUGCGGCAUUUAACGCACAGCGACGGCAAACUGUGGCUCCUUCCGCAUUUUGUUACUUGAAGGAGUUGUACCUAAAUGGUACGGGAGUUACUGACGUGGCGGUGCGAGGUUUGGCGAUUGCCGUAUCCUCUUCGGGGUCGACGGGCGUUCUUUCUAGCCUCACGGUGCUUGACAUGGCGGAUAACCUCCUGACAGUUAAUGGCUGUUUGCAGGUUAUGCAUGCCUUUAUCCUUGAUUGGCCAGUGACCCCUUCUGUGUUGUCAACCCUGGCGAUUCAGGGAAAUGCUGGGAUUUAUCAUGAUGAUAAUGACACCAUUCUGCUGCUUCAGCAGGUUGCCGAGGCUGCUGUGCAGAAGCGGUGUGAAGAAAGACAACGGCGUGAUCCUGUCGACGGAAAGAGAUUCCCAUCGCCGCUGAGCAUUUAUCUCGGUGCUGUGCAUGCAGCAACCUUCAGCAUCUCAAGCGGCGGGGAGACGGUCUCGACUGGGUUGCCACGCACACAUACCACCCGUUCUUCGUGGCGACCUGAAGGGGACAACAUAGCAGCAGCAGCAGCAGCAGCAGCAGCAGCAGCAGCAGCAGCAGCAGCAGCAGCAGCGGAAGAAAAGGAAGCCGUGAAAAUGGGGAGGAAACGGGAGCAAGGCGAGGUGUUGGCGGUAAAUGAGAGUGAUUUCGAUAGGGAAUUCCCGGCGUUUCAGCUCGGAGAAGUUGGACCAGCGCCGUCUCCACAGAAGGCGGUGAGGCCGUUGAUGGAGGGACCAGUGGGUACUUCGUUCAUUUCCCCACUUGGCGCACAAAUGGCGGCCCCCUGCGAUGUCAGCUCUAUCCCACCCGGAGAGACCCCGCGGCGGUUUCUCUUCUCCAUGCCGUCGACACCAUCGAUGCCGCAGCGCACGGCGGAUCGGUUACAUCCACCCGAUCAACAGAACAGGCCACCGCUGCGACAAGAAAUCAAAGAGGGAGGGCAGCGGCGUAGGAGUUUCCCCAUUUUGUCGCCAUUGGUUGUAGAUGAUAGUUCGUUUAUUGCCGGAGGAUCCACCACGGAAUUCAUCGCGGGAGAGAUGCAGCGUGGUUCAGUCUUUAAUAUCCAGCCGCCAACAGGGGUUUCCUCAGCGAGUAGAGGAGCCGGUGUUGUGCCUCGUUUGACGUUAGCAAAAGGAGAUGACCGGCGGGCAAUGGACGUCGCGACCGCCACACAUGGGCGUUACUGCAACGGUGGACGCGGGAUAACACCACCGUCAUCCAGAACAAAUGAUCAUCCUGUGCUACAAGACAGACAGAAUGGUGUGCAGAGAGAAACAUCAUUCACGUUGGUUUCUUCUCCCAAUUCCAAGGCGUUUAAAUUUGGCUGUCUCUUUGCCUCCAUGGACGUUAGCAGGGGUCGCGACAGCAACGUGGAGGAGGGGAAUGCUUUGACCAGAUCUCGUGUUAGCAGGGAGGAAAUUAACAAUUAUAAUGGUGGUGGUAUUGGUGAAACUGAUGCUGGGGAGAAGGGAGCACGUGUAUUGCCUGAAACCGCGAAAGUUUUUACUUUGCACGGAGAUAAAAUCCUGGGGCUGAAGGAAGCUGAGGAUGGUGCGUCACCAGUAGUGGUGUCGUAUGGUGACGGUGCUGUUGGGCGUGAGAGGCAGACAGCAUCAAAAGUAGAGGUCACAAGCAGCGCUGUGGACGGGAAAUGGAGGAUGAACACUGCCGCGAGGCUCGGUCGCUUGCAGAAACAAUUUUUGAGUGAGCCUCUGGAUGAGUCGGACCGUCCAGUGAUGAUGAUGGCAUCAACAGCUCAUUUGCGCUCGGAUGAAACCAACACGGAUGGUUCUACCGCUGUUGCCACUGCCAGCAAAGAUGCCACUGUGAUGAAACCGGAGCCAAUCCAAGAUUUACUGUUGCAGAAAAAUGGAAUAGGGGAGGAGAACAUGCGGUCCGACCCUGUGAUACCAGCAUUGGGUAACCCCGAUGACAUGGAGACGGCAUCUUUGAGACCGAUAAGAGGACGUCGUGAGAAGAGCUUUGUCAUGUCCUAUUACCACCCCAUGGGGCACAUACUCUGUCGUGGCUGGCGCCUACUGUAUCGCAACGAUCCAGUUGGCGAAGAUGCCCGGGCAUGUGUUGAGCGUGAUGUGUGGACGCUUCUGCAGCCACUGGAUACAGAACAGGGAAGCGCGGUGUUGAGUUCCGUAUCGUUUGUUGUGCCAUCGGCGGAAGACAUGGAUAACGAUGCGGAGUACGGCAUCACAAGACUAAAAAUUGUCUCCAAUGAGCGUCGCUCCGUGCUAGCAGAACGGUUACAGCAUAACGCAAACAUGGAAAAUGGGAUAAUUGCCUUUCCGAGGCUUAUUGCGGCAAUUCGGCGAGCCGAGGAGGACACUGUGGAUGUGGUUGCAGCCAUGCUUGACGCGGCUCAUGGUAGACUUCCUCCAGAAUACGUGGGAUGCACCGCGGAGGAAUUGGUGCACGGGCGGCACGGUAACGAGGACGAGUUAAUGGCUGAACUUGGAGCGGCCAUUGCUGCCGGCAGCAGCGGUGGCAGCGGUGAGGCAUCACAGGCGUCAUUCAAUGAGGAGGAAUAUGCGGCGGACCAACUGCUUUCCUUCUCCAGCACCGUUGAUGCCCUUCCUCUCGCUGAGGAGCCCGUUGAGGGAAUCGCGGAGGAUUCGCAGUUGCUUCAGUCGCAGAAACAAACAACGGAAUUGAGGGAGAAAUCCGAAGAGGCAGAGGAGGAGGCAAUAAUGCCGAGUGCCGCCUUAACUCAUGAAUCCCCUUUAUUUAAAUUGGCUGAUAGGCCGCAGGCAACUUCAGUGAGCGCAGAGGAACCGCCGGCAGAAACACCGGAAACGGCUUCUCCUGCGGGAAUCACGGUGCAGCUUGACACGGGGCCAGCGACCAGCGCUAAUGCUGCAUCAGCAACAACUGUGGGGGUGGAUGAGGCGAUGAAUCAACCGGCGCGGAGUGUGGUUGGCCGAAUGAAGACAUUUUUGUUUUCUUUUCCGCAUCGUGAAGGUCACUGCCUGUGCCGAGGCUGGCGUCUCUUGCAUCGUCCAGACUCUGUUGGCGAAGAGGCACGACGGCUACUGGAGGCGGAUGUGUUGUCGUUCCUGCGGCCAGCAACUGAGAAGGAACAAAAGAACGCCGAUAACGAUACCAGAAAUUUUUCUGGUGAUGUUUAUGAUGAUGCGUCUGCAAUGAAGGCUGUCGAGUCGGUGUCCUUUACGUGGGAAGGGUCUUCGUCGUCUACUAUGCAGCUACAGGUGGUGACCAGCGAGCGUCGCGCCGUCAUUUCACAACGAAUACAGCAAAACGUCGUUGGGGAUGAGGGGAUGUUGCCACGCUUUUUGGAGCUUCUUCGCAGCAACGCAAAUUACGACACCAUUCAUGCCGUGGAAACGUAUUUGCAGCGACAGGCCUCGGUGGAUUUACGGGAGCGCAUUGCCAACCGUUACCGUUCCAUCGGGACGCUAGUCCAUUACUAUCACGGCGAUGAGGCCGCUAUGUUAGUGGAGAUUGGUGCGGCAAGUAUGGUUGAUGUGGAGGCCACUGUCGCUCCUGCAGCUGCUGAUUCUGCUGCUGUUAUGUCGAUACCGUCGCGGGGAAUCCUUGAGGGUGAGUCUGAACGCGGCGCCAAAGAGGUGAUGGCGACGGGAGACGGUGAGGAAGCACACCGGCUGCUGGAAUGCGGGGAUGGGGUUCAGGGGCUAAAUGAAUCACCGCUGCAUUUGCAGGAGACGUUGAUGGGGAUUCACAGCAAAGAGGAUGCUGUGGAGAAAAAAGACCACCACACGGCAGAAAACACGCUCUUGUCCCGCCGUUCCCCCCUUUCCUUUCUGACUCUUUCGACGCCCAUUCAACGCGAGGGAGAUGGACGCAGCGUAGAGUUGACACCACACGGGGGUAAGAGUGGCAGCAGCCAACGCAUUCACAACAGUGUCGCCAACAAGGGCGAGAAGACGGUCACGAAGAAUGAGGAUGUCAGCAGUCCUGCAGCACACAUACAGGAGGCCUUUGCGGAGAGAGUCCGUCGUUUACAAUAUCUAGCAUACAGUGCGAUGGCCAAGGGUGCGAUUUUAUUGGAUAAGCGCCAGAGGCACAAGCUGCGCAUCUGUAAGGGAAAAUGGGGCCGACAGCCCGUCACGAUUGCUGUGGAGUGGGAUGUAUUUCUUGUGGUAUAUUUUUUGAGGGGCACGAGAUUUGGCAUGAAGUCGCACAAGACCCUCGUGUUGGUGCACCCUGUGGCCUCUGGGGUGCGGUGCUGUGUUGAUGUUGACAACAACGUUGGAGGCCGUGUGCAUGCGAUACGCAUCCGAUUAGAGCGUUCACAUUCCCCGGAUGAGUUGGGAGUGCCCUUGCAGGAAAUAGAAGAAAGGCUGCAUGCGGUGUCGAUGCUCAAUUCUCGCUCGAGGUCUAUGGCAUCUUCACAUGCCAGUUUGAUACCAAUGCAGAGUGUGACAAACAUGAGUAUUGGAAGUAAAUCGUCGUCUGUUGACACCGUCGAUUCUGUGCUGUCGGCGCCAAGCACGGAGCGGCUCCUGCAGCGAUCCGUGUCUUUUCAAGUGACUGUGAGUGAUACGAAAAAGGCCCGUGAGGCGGUUGCCGCGAUUCGCGGCGUGGUGCAGCAUGCAGUGAACAUGAUACAGCAGACGAUCUCCGAGCAGGAUCGCCAUGCCGUGGCCCGCCCACUUCCUGCAACGCGGACAAAUUAG